UGCUGUUUUUGAUAUUUAUUAGAGUUUCUCCCAGCAUGUGGCAAUAUGUUGCUGUACAGUCAUGGCUUUGUAUCUCCUUAACCACAAUAGUUUUUCAGGUUACAAAUUAUGAGCAGUUAUCAAACAGUGGCGCCAUAAUACCUUAUUAUUCUCAAUUUUGAGGCUAAAAUUAUUCAAAAUAAUUGACUAACCUUACUGAUGUACAGUGUAUAUCGAUACCAUGCAUUUUCCUCUGAGGCCAGGCCUUCCAAUGUAGCCUCAAGCAUCAUAAGGUCCAUAUUAUUGAGUGUAACAUUUUAUAAAUCUCCUAAAUCUUUUAAUUUGUACAUUCUUCUGUCGUUUUAUCAAAUGUCUUGCAAGUAGACGGUAGCUCUUAUUUUACUAUCAUAAUGUCUUACCCCGCACCCUGUUCAUCAAUGGAAAGCCAUAUGACUCUACAAGACAACAUAAUAGUUAGGUCAAUAUUUAUUAUUUUAUUUAUUUUCAUCUGAAUAAAUCAGCAUACAAAAAUAUUCAGCCUAUGUUUGCAUGAUGUUUGAAAAUCCCAGCAGUGCUGCUGAGCUUAAUUCACUCAUACUGUACAUACCAUCAGAAGAUCGUGGUUCCCAUAGAGGAAUGAAUAAAAACCUUUAGGAUGUAUCCCUUAGGAUCAGGCCAGUUCACACUGACCCGUUAUGUUUUAAUCUGUACAUAUUUAUCCAUACAUACAUUACUGGAAUUUGACAUUUCAGUGUUUUGAUAUUAUGGCUGGCUUGUAAUAAUUGUAAUAAAUGCUACUGUGUUACAGGGGUUCUUGUUCAAAGGGAAAACAUUUUUUAGCUUAUGAUACCUCUCGCAAGAUCCUGAAGAUUCUGUAUUAUUUUAUCAAUAGCACACUUUACUUAAUGGUUGGAAACACCGAUGGGUACAAGAAAAAGGUCUAAAUGAUUCAGACAAUUGAAAUAAGCGCUUGUUAUGUGUACAUGGUAGCUACACAUUUAUUUAUGUAUACUUUUUUGUGAAUUUGUUUUAAAAUAGAUUAAAGGCAUAAGACACAUAUGACUACACGAUCAAUUUGUUAAACAGUAAACUACAGGUAUACAGCAUUGCACUUUUUAAUUUACAGUUCAUAUACCAAGAGUUAAAUAACCCUGAAUUAACAGGGCAUGUUACUACACAUGACUUUCAUUUACCAAACCCAAGGCUUGUUGAACCAUAGUCAAAUUUUUUAGAAACACAUUCACACCCUGCGUCACUAAGAAUGAGGAAGUGACUGACAUUUCUACUUGUGAAAGAUAAAAAGCCAUAAGUAACUUGAUACUAGAUAUUAUAGAUAUAUUAUGAUAACUAGGACAAAGAUAAGUGAAAGGACAAUAGUUAAUAAAUAUCUACAAAAUAUAGUUUAUGAAUAAAUUGUUAAUAAAAGGCGCAAUGCUCUAUCUUGUAGUGUGUUUUUAUUUAUUUAUUUUUUAAGUGGUGGUUCCUGUAGUCACAUUAGUUCUAGGACUUUGAUUGUUUAGGAGUUUGGACUAGUCGUGAUUGUUUUUUAACCUGAACUUUCCCAUUUUGGUACAAUCUCUGAAUGUUUCUUUUUUAAGACACAUGUUUAUUCUCACGAGUUUGGCCCUGAAAGGCUUCCGUAAUCGUCGAGUUCUCCAACAUGUUAAUUAAAGCAUUUCCGUGUGGACAGUCACGAACGCUUUUAAACCGUUUAGACGGCCAUAACUAAGGCUGACCUCUAAGUCAGUGUUUACUGACUUUGUGUAAGAGAGAAGUAAGAAGAGAGGGAGGCAGUGUGAUUGACAGAGCAAGCAGCGGAUAACGGAGAUGUUCUAGGACCUGGAUAUUAACUAGAGCCUUGCUUGUGUCUAAUAUUUAGAGUUGAAGAUGUUGCGCUACAUAGUCAUCUUCUCUACGCUUCUCAUGAUGGCAGUACAAGUCCGAGCCCAAUGUGGGAGCCCGGAUAUUGGAGAAAAUCGGAUUAUGAUUGAAGCAUCAGAAGAAGACACUUUUCCUGAAGGCUUCACUAUAAAGUACAAGUGUGCCACCGGUUAUGUUUCUGUGAGAACAACUUCCAAAUCAAUCACCUGCAACGGAACCCAGUGGAGCGAUCUGCAACUUGAGUGCAAAAAAAAGUCCUGUGGAAAUCCUGGUGAGCUUCUCAGUGGGAAAUAUAUUUAUCAACCUACAGAUGGAAUUUUGUUUGGAGCAGUCAUCACAGCAGAGUGUUUAAAAGGUUACCAGCUUGUUGGAAACCCGACUAGAAAUUGCAGAGAAAAUGGCUGGGAUGGGAGACAUCCUACAUGUGAAGUGGUGAAGUGUUUACCGCCUCCCGGUGUAAAAUCUGGAAUGUUUGAACCAGAAGAAGAUUCUUACCAAUUAGACGAAACAGUACAAUACUCUUGUGAAAAGGGUUUCCAUCUUUUUGGAGCUACCCUAUUAACGUGCUCCAGUAAUGGAACUUUUGAGCCUGCUCCUCCUCGGUGUCUGCGUGUGAGUUGCGAGAGACUCGAAAUCCCACACGCAGAUCGAAUCGAAGGAAAAUCACCACCUUAUACUUACAGACAAUUUGUUCGCUUCCAGUGUCAUAUAGGCUACAAAAUGGAAGGGUCUGAUAUCCUGACCUGUGAAGAAGCAGGAUGGAAUCCACCUCCUCCUCGGUGCAAUGCGAUCGUCUGUGAUUCACCGGUUAUCUCAAAUGGGGUUGUCAGUGGAGGCUUAAAAACUUACAAUUACAAUGACCAAGUGCAAAUCAGCUGCAAUAAAGGCUACAGAAUAGUUGGGCAUAGUAACCUGACCUGUAAGGAACAGGGGUGGUCUCCAUCUCUCCCACACUGUAUCGAGUUGACCUGCAAUGCACCCAAGAUUACAAGGGCAGUCAUAGUUGGAGGAGAGGCACCAUUCUAUAAAUAUAAUUCGUCUCUCCAGGUUCAGUGUAAUAAAGGCUACCAAAUAGAGGGUACUGACCGCAUGACCUGUAAGGAAAAUGGAUGGAAUCCACCUCCUCCAAAGUGCAACAUUGUUACCUGUUCACCACCUCCUUCUAUAAACAACGGGCAACUUAACCAUCCGAAGCAGUCAUACGAGUAUGGACAAACAGUCACAUACUCAUGUAAUAAAGGGUUUCAAUUUGUAGGUGACUCAAAAACAUCAUGUAAUGAAUAUGGAAGAUUUUAUGAUCCUCCUCAGUGUCUGGUGGUCUGUGAUGAACCCAAAAUUGAUAAUGGAUUUAUAAUUGGAGAGAAAUCUACAGUUUAUGUAAAUAAAGCAUCAGUCCAGGUCCAGUGUAAGCGUGGAUACCACAUGAAGGGGUUUGAUACUCUGACCUGUGAGGAAAACGGAUGGAAUCCAGCUCCUCCACAGUGCCACUUCAGUUAUUGGAUUUGGAUUCUUGUAAUUGUAGUUAUACUGAUUGUACUUUCUUGUGCUGUUUGCUGUUAUAUAAAAUUCCAAAAAAGUGAAGAAUCUAAAGACUGCCUCAAACCAGAAAACUGUACACUGGUCAACAUAUCCUCCAGAGUUCCUCCAACAGAGGAAACCUCAGGGAAAAACGUCUACUGAUACACUUCCCAGAGUCUCUAAGGCUAAUUUAAACAUUUGGAGACAUAUUCUGCAGUGCUGGCAACUCGCUUUAGGUUAUUAAAUAGGCUUAGCAUUCAUCUAAACUGUUCAAAGGAAACUCUGCUCUAUAUUCAGUUCUGCAAACCUCAUAUUUGUAAUCUACCACCGACUUGAUUUUUGCAGUUUUUGUAUUAUGGUGUGCUAAAUAUUUGUAGAAUGAAGUUUUCUGUGCACUUAGCAUCACAAAAUUCAAAAAAGUUCACAGACUGAGUUGAAUGAAAUAUAUCAAUGAUUAGCUGUUACUUUGCACUAUAAAGGAUACAUGUAUUAUUUUGACCAAAAUAUUUCCUUUUUUAAUUAUCAGCGAGCAGCUGAAUUUAUAUUCACAUUGUAAUAUGUUGUAAGGCGAUAAGAUUCUUUGAAUUGGAAAAGAGAUGUCCUUUAAGCCCAAUUUCUAAAAUGUGAAAUAAGGUGUGUAUAUGUAAGUAAAUUUACUACCCCUAAUGGGGAAGGAUAAUAUUGCAGCAUUUCAGAUGUAAGGAAUAAAUCAUGACAAAGUAUAUGUUUUAAUACUUUUCUGCAAGAGAUUUUGCCAAAGUUAGAUUUUUAUUUUUGUAUUUAUUUAUUAAUGAAUGUAGGUUUAAUGUUGUAGACCUUUCUUGUGCUAGAAAACCUACUGAAUGUUGCACAUAAUCUACAAAUGUUAAAUAAACAUUAUCAAAAGCUUCUCAA